GUUUUAUGGAAAAACGUCACAUUACAAAUAAUAUUAGAUUAGUCAUAUAUUACGAAGAUCUCAUCCUUAAUGACAGCUACAUGCUUUUCUUAGACUUCUACAAAGCCUUUGAUUCAUUCGAGCACAAAUAUUUCAAGCGCUUACCAAAUUUGGGUUUGGAGAUUCAUUUUGUAAAGCCGUCAGGACAUUGUAUAGAAAUAAUAAUAGUGUUAUUAAAUAAAAAUUAGGAACCUCACCUAGAUUCAAUUUGUCACGCGGCGUAAGACAAGGCUGUCCUAUAUCUCCAUAUUUAUUCUUGCUUGCCUCUCAAUUUUACUGUAAAUUACUGAACUGUGUGUGUACAGAACAAAUGAGAUGCAAAAGAAAUGACUUUCAAGUUGGACUAAUUAUUCAUGUUUGAUCUGUGGUUAGAGAUGUUUCUGAUAACAUAUUAUUUGUUUUCUUCUAUUUUCAGAAAUUACCAAUGGGUGGAUGAUGAACAAAAUUGGUGCAUUCUUUAAAAUGUUUUUUUGGAGGGAUCCGGCUGUUCCAGAGCCAGUGUGCGUUCCAGAUGCAAGCACUCCUGAGCAAACAUCUGAAACAGAUCUGGUUCCAAGCGUUCCUGAGAUGGAACCUGAAUGUGAUCAGGCUGAUCCAGAGGAAUCAUGUGUUCCGGUUCCAAGCUUUCCUGAGAUGGAACCUGAUUUGGAUCUGGCUGGUCCAGAACAAUUGUGUGUCCCUGUUCCAAGCCUUCCUGAUCUGGAUCUGGUUGAUUCAGAUGAAUCGUGUGUCCCAGGUCCAAGCAGUGCUGUGCCAAAACCUAAUGCACGCACUUCCAAGCGGGAUCCAUUUCCAGAAGAAGAAUGUUUCCAAUUGUACAGGCGUGUGAAGGCGUGUACAAUGCGUUACAAACCCGUCACUCAGGUCUGGAACAACAUCUUCAUCGGAAAUGAAGAGACAGCAAGGGACCGAAUGAGGAUGAAAGAGCUGGGCAUUACUCACAUCCUGAAUGCUGCAGCUAUGAAAAAGAAACUCAGGAUCUUGUUGGGAAUUCGAUGGGAGAAAGACAUCAAAGACACAGUUGACACAGGAGCGAGUUAUUACAGAGGAACGAAGAUCCGAUAUUGUGGCUUGCCUACAACAAAGACUUCCGAUAUCAGCAAAUACUUCAUGCCAGCUGCCAAAUUUAUCCACAAGGCCAGGAAAAACUCAGAAAAUAAGGUGUUCAUUCACUGCACAGAUGGUGUCAACUACGCUCCUACACUUUUUCUGGCAUACCUCAUGAUCCACCAAUCCAUGACUGUGGAGGAUGCCAUUGAUUAUCUGGUAAAGGUGAAAUACAUCAAGCCUGACAUAGACUCCCUGAGGCAGCUGGCAAUCCUCAAUAAGAAACUUGUGUGCAAAGAUGAUCUAGACAGUGUCAGCAUUAGAUACACACAUACAAUGGCUACUAACUUCAGAGAAGUGUGUAUGGAGGUAUAUCUCAACGGCGAAUUCUACUGCGGUGACAGUUGCUGGGUACCAGAUGAGGAAGGUGUGAAGUUGGAGUUUCAGAUCACCGGUGCCAUCUAUGACCUUAUCGGUACCGAUCAGUCGGCACAGAUCCAUCUGGAGCUGCAGGCUAAGACUGAUGAUGACAUCUCAGUCAGUUACUGCGCUUUAGAGGGGAAUGUUGUGAAGGCUGUUUCUGAUACGACCAACACAACAUCCGUCCGUGAAUGUAUGAAGAAAGAGAAGCAGCUGGGGACUGACAUCAAAAAUAUCGUCUCAGAGUUGGUGUGUGAAGGUCUGACUGACCCAGCAGGGCCUUCAACCAAAGGCAUGGAUGCUUCUCUUGAAGCCACUGAGAACUGCCCAACAGAAAGUACCAAUGGGUGGAUGAACACAAUUGGUACAUUCUUUAAAAGGCUUUUCUGGAGCGAGCCGGAGACUGAACUAGAGGAGUCAAGUGUCCCAGGUCCAAGCAGCUCCGAGCCAUUAGGUCAGGAGGUUGAUGACGAUGAUGCCAUUCUGGUGUCUGAAGAUCUGCAGAUGGACGCUUCUCUUGAAACCCCUGAAGAGAACAACCCAAAAAAAAUUACCAAUGGGUGGAUGAUGAACAUCAUUUGGAGGGAUCCGGCUGUUCCAGAGUCAGUGUGCAUUCCAGAUGCAAGCACUCCUGAGCAAACAUCUGAAACGGAUCUGGUUUCAAGCGUUCCUGAGAUGGAACCUGAAUUUGAUCAGGCUGAUCCAGAGGAAUCAUGUGCUCCGGUUCCAAGUGCUCCUGAGAUGGAACCUGAAUUUGAUCAGACUGAUCCAGAGGAAUCAUGUGUUCUGGUUUCAAGCAUUCCUGAGUUGGAACCUGAAUUUGAUCAGGCUGAUCCAGAGGAAUCAUGUGUUCUGGUUUCAAGCGUUCCUGAGAUGGAACCUGAAUUUGAUCAGGCUGAUCCAAAGGAAUCAUGUGUUCCGGUUCCAAGCUUUCCUGAGAUGGAACCUGAUUUGGAUCUGGCUGGUCCAGAACAAUUGUGUGUCCCAGGUCCAAGCAGUGCUGUGCCAAAACCUAAUGCACGCACUUCCAAGCAGGAUCCAUUUCCAGAAGAAGAAUGUUUCCAAUUGUACAGGCGUGUGAAGGCGUGUACAAAGCGUUACAAACCCGUCACUCAGGUCUGGAAAAACAUCUUCAUCGGAAAUGAAGAGACAGCAAGGGACCGAAUGAGGAUGAAAGAGCUGGGCAUUACUCACAUCCUGAAUGCUGCAGCUAUGAAAAAGAAACUCAGGAUCUUGUUGGGAAUUCGAUGGGAGAAAGACAUCAAAGACACAGUUGACACAGGAGCGAGUUAUUACAGAGGAACGAAGAUCCGAUAUUGUGGCUUGCCUACAACAAAGACUUCCGAUAUCAGCAAAUACUUCAUUCCAGCUGCCAAAUUUAUCCACGAGGCCAGGAAAAACUCAAAAAAUAAGGUGUUCAUUCACUGCACAGAUGGUGUCAACUACGCUCCUACACUUUUUCUGGCAUACCUCAUGAUCCACCUAUACAUGACUGUGGAGGAAGCCGUUAAUUAUCUGGUAAAGGUGAAAUACAUCAAGCCUGACAUAGACUCCCUGAGGAAGCUGGCAAUCCUCAAUAAGAAACUCGCGCGUAAAAACAAAUGCACAGCACCAGUUAAAAAUGGUGCAUAAAUUUAAAAAACAGCAUAGCGAGGUUAGUAAGAUCAGGGAAGAAGGAGGCGGGAAUCGGCCGACAUUCAUGGAUGAGGGUGAGGAGGUCCGGUUCCCAAAACGCGCUGUCAUCCAGUCCUGUACCUGCUGGGUGAAGUCCUCCGCGAUGUCUGGCGGCGGCGGCGGCGCUGGAGAGCCCUCAGUGGACGGCUCGAUACUCUUCCACCGCCUGGUGGCCGCAAGGAGACGGCUCUUCUGUGUUCGGGCAGCCGGCAGGAGUCCCCCAUUCCAUGUGACAGGCUCCGGCCUCAGCGAACGGUGGUGGCUUCUCCGCUCCCUCGCGGACUGCAGCUAGCCGCUCCUCCACUCCCCAGGCGGUUGGCAGCGAAUUCAGCCGUCCCCCUGGCAACUCACUCCAGCCCGCUGCCUCGAGCCUCCAUGGCGACAGACUUGCUCAGCCACGCUCGAUGGCACUGCGGAUUCACCACAGCGGCGAGGACUCUAUGAUAGUGCGUUCCUCCUUCCUCCCGGCC